AUGCCGAAAGAAGCGGACCAUGAAGAAAAUCGACGAAAAGUGUCUAUAUUGUGUGGUUCUAAAAUCGUAUUUGGGAAGUCCAAAGCGUCAGUGUUUAACUUGAAAGAAAAAUUGCACAAGCCUAUUUGUAAGUAUAAAUUUGAUAAAAGCGACUCAAGAUAUCCCACGUCUAUUUGUGGAAAUUGUCGCCCUGUUCUCUUUGAUAGAGAAAAAGAUGUGUUCAAGAGAAAUUUCCCCGUGACUCCUCAAUUUGACAAAAUAGUCUUGCAUGCUAAAAUUAGAAACACCACCCAAAUAUGCAAUUGUUUUCUGUGUCAAACGGCUAGACAUAAAGGCCACAAAAGUUCUUCAGUAGUAAAAGUAGGAACCAUGGGCCAUGAGGUAACAAAUCAAAAGCAAAAAUUCGAGCCAAUAUGUCAAAUUUGCUUUCAAAAAACCGGAAAAAGAAUUAGGCACAACUGUUCCAAAACGUAUGCUUAUCGAAAUGUUAAGGACAUUGUACAAAAACUCAAAAAAAAACCAACAAAAGGAGCAUGUUGUAGUGUCUUCGUUGAAAUCCUGCAUUGA